UGACCCUCAACAUCGGCAAGAAGGCUGAGAUUUAAUAGCACAAUUUGUGUCCCUUUCUGAAAAGUUAAAAACAACAAUCUCAAAGCAAUUUAUUUGUGGUCCUCUCAAUAUCAAUCAUCAAUGAUUCACUUUGUGCUUCUCAUCAGUCGGCAAGGAAAAGUAAGACUCGCAAAAUGGUAUUCACCAUACUCUCAAAAGGAGAGAUCCAAGGUAAUUCGUGAGUUAACUGGGCUAAUUAUCUCUCGAGCCCCUAAGCUGUGCAACUUUGUGGAGUGGAGGGGAUUCAAAGUUGUUUAUAAAAGAUAUGCUAGCCUAUACUUUUGCAUCUGCAAUGAUCACGAAGACAAUGAAUUGGAGACCUUGGCCAUUAUUCAUCACUAUGUCGAGACAUUGGAUCGCUAUUUUGGCAGUGUUUGUGAGCUGGAUUUAAUUUUUAAUUUUCAUAAGGCAUAUUUUAUAUUGGAUGAAAUUUUGUUGGCUGGAGCCAUGCAGGAGACUAGCAAGAGAACUACUCUGAGACUGAUAGGUGCACAGGAGGAUUUAGUAGAAGCUGCCAAAGAGGAAGCCAGCUCAUUGAGUAAUAUAAUCGCACAGGCCACCAAGUAAAAACAUCAUUGAGGAUUGAAAUUAUGUUGCAUAGGCAUCUCAAAUGCGGGUGAAAAUUUGUUCUAUUGAAAAAUCAUUAAAAAAAUAUAAUAAAUGGUUUUGUUACUAGAAGUUUGUUUUUAAAUAGAGCCACAAUAUGCAUAUUAACUUAUGCCUGGGAUGUACCUGGUGAAUAAGACUUGGUUAUUAUUUUAUUGAGAUUGAAAAUUUGUUUCUGUUCAAUUGUUUAA